AUGGCACGUCCCUCGGCCCAGGAUCAAAGGACGGUGUACGUUCAAAACGAGCUGAGCGGCAAGAAGGUGAUAGUGCGUUGCCAAUCCAAAGACGACAGUAUUGGAUCCCACGUCGUCGACGUGGGCUCCGAUCUGCGCUGGGGUUUCGGCGGAACGGACAGCACAGUCUUUUGGUGCAAUGUGGCGGUGGAAGAUCGACGUCUUUCUUUCGAGGCAUUUCGAGGGACGGAUGACUACAUUUGUUGUCGUGAUAUUACCUGGGUGGUGAGGGAUGAUGGGGUUCAUCUACUGACAUCGGGCGGCGAGGACUUCCGGCCAUAUCGACGGCGUUGGAACCAUCUAUAG